AUGAUUUCAAAUGAACCUACCAGUGAACCUACAAAUGUGACUAAAUCGGAAACUGUUACUCAUGUUCCUGAAACAAAACUGACAACAAAUGUAACCGAAAAAACCAUUGUGGUAACCGAAACUGCACCGCUUACAAAUUUAACUGAAAUGAAACCAGGUGUAAACGUAACGGAAAUCAAACCGAGCCCAGAUGUAACAGACAUUAAACCGAGCCCAGAUGUAACAGACGUUAAACCGAGCCCAAAUGUAACAGACGUUAAACCGAGCCCAGAUGUAACAGACGUUAAACCGAGCCCAGAUGUAACAGACGUUAAACCGAGCCCAGAUGUAACAGACGUUAAACCGAGCCCAGAUGUAACAGACGUUAAACCGAGCCCAGAUGUAACAGACGUUAAACCGAGCCCAGAUGUAACAGACGUUAAACCGAGCCCAGAUGUAACAGACAUUAAACUGAGCCCAGAUGUAACAGACGUUAAACCGAGCCCAGAUGUAACAGACGUUAAACCGAGCCCAGAUGUAACAGACGUUAAACCGAGCCCAGAUGUAACAGACGUUAAACCGAGCCCAGAUGUAACAGACAUUAAACCGAGCCCAGAUGUAACCGAAAUUGAACCAACUACAAAUUUAACCGAUAUCAAACCGGCUACAAAUUUAACCGAUAUCAAACCGGGUACAAAUUUAACCGAUAUUAAACCAGUUACAAAUGUAACUGAAAUUAAACCGCCUACAAAAGUAACAGAAACCGAACCGGCUAAAAAUAUAACCAAAACUGAACCGGAAAUUAAUGUAACCGAAGACGAUCUGACUACAACCGCAACCGAAAUAGAAACCACUACAAGUGUAACAGAAAUCACAUCAACUGCAACUGUUACUGAAACUGAAACGGAGACAAAUCUAAACAAAGAUGUUAAAGACAUUGAAAGUGAAAAAAAAGUACCAGUAGAAAUCGGUGCAGACACAAAAGAGGAGCCAAGCUUAGAGACUAGAACAAAAGAACUCAAUGAGAAACACGUCUAUAAAAAGACUGCGUCUACAAGCGUCGCUGGAAUAGUAAUUGGCUCGAUAGUUAUAACUCUAAUUGCAUUCUAUGCCAUCAUUACAAUGUACAACUGUUACAGCAAGAAAACAUACGUUGUCAGAAAUUCAAACGUGGAAAUGGGACAAGCGUGA